ACACAUCCUAUGUAGACGAGGCGCCUCUUCUCGGUAGCGAGCAUUUGAAAGACGAUGGCGCGCACCGGCACGAGUGUGGAAGAGCUGAUAAACUAUUUCAAGUCGCACAACAAGAUCCGGGAGCAGCAGAGCCACUCGGCGAAGGUGCACAGCGUAGGAUGGAGCUGCGACGGCAAAUACUUGGCCUCGGGCUCCUUCGACAAGUCCGUUUGCAUAUUCUCCCUGUGCCCGGAUCGCUUGAAGCAGGAAACGACUUUUAGAGGGCACGGAGGCAGCGUGGAUCAGUUGUGCUGGCACGCCUUCUCCCCAGAAUUGUUAUCCACGGCGAGCGGAGACAAGACGGUUCGCAUCUGGGAUACAAGAACGCAGAAAUGCACGGCAAACAUCAGCACCCGAGGGGAAAACAUCAAUAUAUCGUGGUCGCCGGACGGGAACACGAUCGCAGUAGGGAACAAGGAGGACUUGGUUACAUUUAUCGACGCCCGGGUGAUGAAAAUACGCGCGGAGGAGCAGUUCAACUUCGAGGUGAACGAGAUCUCGUGGAACAAGGACUCGGACACGUUUUACCUGACCAACGGCCAGGGCUGCGUGCACAUACUCAGCUAUCCGGAGCUGGAACUGUUGCAUGUGAUCAAGGCUCAUCCUGGUACAUGUAUUUGCAUCGAGUUCGACCCGACCGGCCGGUAUUUCGCUAUUGGAUCCGCGGACGCGCUGGUUUCCCUGUGGGACGCUGAUGAAUUGUGUUGCUUGAGAACGUUCUCGCGACUGGAGUGGCCGGUCAGGACCAUCUCCUUCUCGUACGAUGGACAGCUCCUGGCAGCCGCCUCCGAGGACUUGGUCAUAGACAUUGGUGAGGUGCAGACCGGUGAGAAGAUCGCAGACGUCCCGGUCGAAGCGGCGACGUUCACCGUCGCGUGGCACCCGAAACAGUAUCUCUUGGCGUACGCGUGUGACGAUAAAGACUCUUACGACCGGAAGCGCGACGCCGGUAGUCUAAAAGUAUUUGGUUUCGCGAACGAUUGAACGGGCGGUUUUUUUUUUGUAUCGUACCUUUUGUACAGAGUUCGUACUGCUCUCGAAAAUGUCGUCCGAUCUCGUAUAUUUAUAUUUUAUAUAAAUAUAAAAGAAUAUGUCAACUCUCGAGAAAUAUUCUGCAAACAUUUCGUAACUGGAAUUACGAUGAGCGACACAAGUUGGGGGCUGUGCUCCGAAAGCACUCGUAAGCACUCAUAAAUACGAAUAUACAAAAAGAAAAUGUUUAUACGUAAUUUUAUAAGUAUGCUGACUCGAUUAUAGAUGUAGCGAUAUGAAUUUGACGAGACGUGUGCGUCUAGCCUAAAACCACCUUGCUUUGUUGGACAAUAUUAAAGGAUUCUGAUAAUACAAAAA